AUGAAUCCCUUUCAGUACUUCUUCCUGGUCUGCGUAGGGACCUUCUGUGCCUACGGAUUGUGGAAAACAGGCUCCCUCUCCUGGCAGACCUCGACCGUUCACGCGAAAGCAUCCAUCCAGUUCGACCUCUCCAUCCCAGCCUCCUCGCCAUCGGCUCUUCAUCGAUUCUCGAACAAAACCAACAGAAGAAGCAUCGACAAAAGCCACAGGAAGUACAGAGGUGUGGUAUCCAAGUACAUGCUGGAGCUGUACCAUCGGAGAUCAGACGUGGACAUAGUUCGAGCAUUGGAACCUAUCCACGUGUCAGGUCCAACCAAUGAUGGAGCCAGGAUCCUGGUGUUCUCGGUGCCUCCAGUGGACCCUGACGAAACUCUAGAGACAGCUGAAUUACUCGGCGUGGCUGGAUCCAUCCUCAGAGUACGUACCAACCACGUGAACGCUUCUGGAAGCUCUAAAUCGAGGAGGGAUGAUAGCUGGAGAGCCUUCAACGUUACCUCUGCAGUGGCUACCAGGAGUGGUGGCGCUGUCAGCUUCCGAGUGUACGGUAGAGUUGGCUAUCAUCCCUGUGGGGAUGGUCCAAUCUUGCUACUCAGCUAUACCAAGGUCAGGAAGAAGCGACCACGACGUUCCAUUCAAGAAGAAGACACAGAGGAGACCGAUGGUCCUCGAAGGAGACGCAAGAACUCCUGUAGACGUCGUUCCCUCUAUGUAGACUUCGCGUUGAUUGCCUAUGACGAGUGGGUCGUUGCUCCACCUGGCUACGAGGCGUACCAGUGCUCUGGGAAGUGCUUCUAUCCAUUUGGGGACCAUCUCAGCCCCACAAAACACGCGAUCGUGCAGACAUUGGUGCACGGAGCUCUGCAAGGUGUCGAGGGAUCAAGCAAACCGGUUGGCAGGGCCUGUUGUGUACCGACCAGGUUAGCACCUACUAGUCUACUGUAUCUGGAUGCCAGUGGGACUUUGACUUAUCAGUACGGGUACGAGGACAUGGUUGUGGCUGAGUGCGGCUGUCGUUAA